AUGGAUGUCGACGAAGACGAUGACUUUUAUGCACUGGACGAUGCAGUCAAACCCGAGGAAUCGAAGCAGGACGAGACCCCAGCUUCGGAGGAUAAACCAAAGGACGAGGAUGAAGACUUAGAGGAGGGUGAAGAAGAAGACGAGGAGGGGUCUGAUGACAGUGAUUCGGAUAUAGAUAUUAUCACAGAGAGAAAAGAUGGGGGCCAAGCUGCUCCACCUACUCAAGCGCGUUAUAACGAAAUCCGAAACGUUCCACAGAGAACGAGUACGAAUGACACCACGCCGGCUGUUGCUCCUAUAAAAAAGGAAGGCAAGGACAAGAAGCGGGCACCCUCUGUUUCAGGCGCAGAUUUACCGGGCAUCGCUACAUCGAAAAUCGAUGUCAAUGCAAAGCCUGUAUACGAACCUGCUGGAAAGCCCAUUACCCAAGUAAACAUUGAUGAAGAUUUGAACGAAAACGACAAGCCCUGGAGGAGACCUGGAACAGAUGUCAGCGAUUAUUUCAAUUACGGCUUUGACGAAUUCACGUGGGCACUAUACGCCAGUAAGCAAGACAGUCUGAGGUCGGAAUACAGCUCAGAAAAGAUGGCCCUCAACCAGAAGAAGAUGUUUGAGGAAAUGAACAUGAUGAUGUCCAUGGGUGGUAUGCCCGGAAUGGCUGGUAUGGCGGCUGGUGGAGGCGCUCCUUCGAUGGAUGGAUUUCCACCAGAGAUGCAAGCUAUGAUGCAACAGAUGAUGGCAACUGGAAUGGAUCCAAGUCAAAUGGACCCGUCUGCUAUGUAUGCUGCUAUGCAGGGUGGCGCGGGCGCUGCUGGAGGUGCGCAGGGCUUUGGCCAAGGUCAGAAUCAAGGAAUGGGUUAUGCCUACGACCAACAAAACAAUAGUAAUGCUGGCGGAGCAAACCGAGGAGGAGGCAACUUCGGUGGUCGAGGCCGUCGGGGACGAGGUGGUGGAUGUUGUUAG